AACACACGAAAACGAGCUGUCAAAAAGUAGUUUGGCUGUAUAUUCAUGGGUGUCGAGUUUCUUUGAAUAAAUUCUAUAAUUUUUUUAAUUCUGCUGAUUCUAUCAAUUAUGAGUGUUGUGAAAAUGGUAUAGAUAAGCUUCUGUGUGUAAGAACUACUACUUACAGGCCUUGCACGUCUCCGUGUAAACAAAUCCAAAAUGUCCGUUCCUACUACAGGAUUGAGUAAAUUGAAAAAGAAACACAUUCGUGUGAAACACCAGAAAGUGAAAUUAUUCCGUGCUAAUGAACCUUUACUCUCUGUUUUUAUGUGGGGUGUUAAUCACACGAUAAAUGAACUUAGCCAUGUCUCGAUACCUGUAAUGUUACUUCCUGAUGAUUUCAGGGCAUAUUCUAAACUUAAAGUUGAUAACCAUUUGUUUAAUAAAGAAAACAUGCCAUCACACUUCAAGGUAAAGGAGUACUGCCCUCUCGUCUUCAGGAAUCUGCGAGAGAGAUUCGGAAUAGACGACCUUGAUUAUAAGGAAUCAUUGACUAGGUUUAGAAAACCAGAUAACUACCUCCGCUCGAGAGCCAGACAGAAGUAUAUUAAUAAGCUGCGACGUUCGGCCACAGCGCCGUCUGGUGUUACGGAGAUGAGGAAUGGACAAGAGAGCCUCCGAGAUGCUUGCGAUCUGCUCAAAUAUGGCCUGAGUAUGAAUCUGAGGCUGAGGUCGCAGCCGAUACCAGAUGAAUCUUCGGGAAAGUCCGGCGCCAAGUUCUAUCAGAGUUAUGACAGGCUCUUCAUCCUGAAAACGUUGACUUCGGAGGAGGUGGAACGGAUGCAUUCAUUCCUUAAACAUUAUCACCCGUAUAUUGUGGAACGUCACGGCAAGACUCUUCUGCCCCAAUAUCUUGGCAUGUACCGGCUGACUGUGGACGGCAUUGAACAUUAUCUAGUCGCUACCAGGAAUGUUUUCUCCAACCACUUAAAUAUACACAAAAAAUACGAUCUAAAAGGGUCGACAGUGGAUCGUGAGGCAUCUGAGAAGGAGUUGGAGAAAGAGUUGCCAACGCUCAAAGACAACGACUUUAUAAAGCAAGGUGUUAGGAUCGACAUCGGAGACGCUGCAAAGGAGAAAUUGUUGGAGACACUUACAGCUGACGUUGAGUUCCUCACAAAACUCCAUCUGAUGGACUAUUCCCUUCUACUUGGAGUACACGAGUGUGGUCGAGGCGAAGCGGAAGCGGAAGCAGCGCGGCAGAAGGAAGCCGAGAACGACACAGAGAAUGAUUCCGAGUCUGACAGCGAUACUGACAAUCGCCAUGACAGAUGGGGUUUCAACACACCACCAGAUAGUCCGCGGGGCUUCGGUCGUCAGUCUUCUCUGCGAUAUGAGGGCAUCAUACCGGAACUGGAUAUCUACGCCAUACCCAGCCAAGAAGGAGCACCAAAGAAAGAAAUUUACUUCGUGGCGCUAAUUGAUGUCCUCACGCAUUAUGGAGUUAGAAAACAGGCGGCAAAAGCGGCCAAAACGGUAAAGUACGGCAGCAAUGUUGACGGCAUAUCGACCUGUGACCCCGAACAGUAUGGGAAACGCUUCAUCGAGUUCGUAGCUAAGGCCAUCGAAGGGAACUAAGUACAACGUCGGUAAUUUGUGCCUCUUUUAGUGCCAAUGGGUGGGCUUGAUGUCAUCUGUCAAUGUCAGCUGUCAUAAAACGAAUGUUUGACUAUUUACUCUAUGAACUUUGUUUAUUUACGACUAUGCAAUAUAUAUAAAUAUAUGUAUACUUUACCACUGUUUACCAUGUAUACGUUCAAAUUUAUGGUCAUGAUGCGCCCAACAUUGUUUCGUUUUAUAUAAAAUUUCGUCAAUCAUAACUAGAUUCAAGAAUUUCACAUAUGGCAGUUACUUGUAACGAAUAUAACUGAUUUAUGGAUAAGAAAAUGCUGACACUGUGUUUAUUAGUAAACAUUAAUUUUGUUGGAAUCGCAGUUGAUUAUUUUGGAUAAAGACUAUUUUGUAUUUUUAUAGUUUGCUAGAAUUUUUGUUAGGUUCCAGAUGGUAGGGGAGUUAUCAGGGUGUAGGUUAGCGGAUUGAGCACUAAAAGAGGUAUGAUCUUUUUCAACCAAAUAUCUGUCUUGGUAUGUCUAGGAAGUGUUAACUAAUAAAGCUUCAAAAAAUAUAAAUAAUUUAUAACUUCUAGUGUGAAAGUAAUUUUUAAAAACAGUAAAUACUAGAGGCUGUUUCUAAUUAAUUGUUAGUAGCAUUUUAGAGUGGGUAACACUGCGAUUCGCACAGUUCCGCUAGUUAGUUACAUAUUGUAACAAUUUUGCCCGUGUACGUGAUACUAUUAACUUAUACUUACUUUCUAUGUAUGUAUGGGAAUUGUGAAAAUACCUAUAAUAAAAGAUAUAAUACCAAAUGUCAACUGUCAAUGUCAACUGUCUUACAGUUAAAGGAAAGCGCAUUGCGGUAGCGAAAUGACGCCGAGUUGCUAACUCUAAAUAUAUAAGCAAAGUUUUACUGUUCUAUUAACAGAAGUUAUAAAUUGUUCCAAUUUUUUUUGCAUUUGGUAUACGUGUCUGGAUGAUAAGCCGUUAAACACCGGUUUUUUCUCAAAAUAUUUUGGAUUAUCGAAAGUGCCAUAAGGUAUAACACGAGUUUAACACGCAGUUAGUAAUACAUAUUUUAUGUAUUGUUCCAGUUAAAAUUUGACUUUGAUUAGCUAAUUUAGUAAUUAAAAUGAUCAUGAUAAUUCUUAAAUGAUAAUAUUUUUCGAUUAGGGUACCAAUUCAUCUUUAGGCGAAAAUAUGUAUGUGUGUAUAAUUCAACGACAAAUUCACUAACCGAUAUUGAUGAUUAUUAUAGAUUAUGAAAUCGAUAACAUUCAGUUGUAAUAUGUGGUGCCCUGUAUAAAUACAUUUUUGCGACAUUUUGUUGUUUUUCAAAGCUCAAUGCAGACGUGCAAUAUUAAUUGCGUUUCGAUUUAAACACAUUUGAACUGAUCUUGCACAUUUGCAAUAUUUUCCUAACUCGUUGCUAGCUGUUAUAAUGUUCCGCUAUAGGAUAGACGCUGAGAAAUUUAUAAUUGUUAAAUUAUCUUUAAAAAUUCGUGUUGCGAGAAGUAGUGGAGAAUGUGGUACCAUGGGAUGUAGGAGUUAAAAAAACUGUUUAAGCGCCAUCUAGCGAGAUAAGUUUUUGUUGCAUCUGAGAAAAAGUUUAAAGUCGUUUUUUCCUCGCAUGUAGAUUGCCUUACUUGAGACUGGCAUAAAGUUAAAACUAAUGCCAUAAUACAACCGUUUCGUGGUACCAAUUGAGAGAUAACUUGUCUAUAUUGAAAUUGUAUGUACCGUAAUUAAACGCUAUAAAUGAUAACUUUGCCAAUAUUAUUAGCUUAGUCCUUCUCUAGUGUAGUCGAAAUUAAUGUAAGGUUUUUGUUAUUUAUUAUUCUAAUGGGAAGACUUGGAUUGUUAUGGUCUACGUGAAUAUUAGGAAAUAGUAAAGUAUUAAAGACUUUUGUUGUUUCCCUAAUUUCGAGGUCUUGAUGUUAGUAUUAAUAAGUUGAAUUCACAUAUUAUGUCCAUAUACCAAAAAAUAUUACUUCAUUCAUAUAACAAGAGAUCAGCACAUACUUUUCUUGGAUGAUUAUAUGGAAAGCGUUGUUAAUUUUGCCAAUUUCAUUUUGUGGAUUGGAAUAUACCAACCGAUAUCAUUACAGAAAUACGUCAAAAAUGCACAAUUUGAAUGUUAUCGGCUCUAUGUUGUAUGUAGUUUUAUGUGCUAUAUUAUUUUAAUGGGCGAAAUCAGACUUAUUUAUUCCAAGUAAAGACAUUUGUGUCGGAAAAAUCGUCCAGUGUUGUAGUUAAAGUACUCAAAUUAAAUUAUUGUCAGUUUAUUAAUUUUAAAAAGUUUAUUAAAAAAUCAUGAAGUACUUUUGUUUUCAACUUUACCUCAUAGAGUUGAAUAUUGUAUUUGACUAUGAGUUUUUUUAUAUAAAAUGAUGUAUGUAAACUGCAAGGUGUCAGGAUAGUAGUAUUUUAUAAAAUAGCUUUGCUACUGUUUAAUUAUUGUAAUGUUUAUCCUCUAGUCUCAAUCUUGUAAAGACAAUGUAUAAAAUUAAAGAAUUUAAUUUUUUAAACAUUCGGUUUAUAAAGUUUCUGUCAA